AGACUGGACGAAGACAGGAGAAAGACAGGACGAAGACUGGAGAAAGACUGGACGAAGACUGGAGAAAGACAGGACGAAGACUGGAGAAAGACUGGACGAAGACUGGAGAAAGACAGGGCAAAGACUGGAGAAAGACAGGAGAAAGACUGGACAAAGACUGGAGAAAGACAGGGCGAAGACUGGAGAAAGACUGGACGAAGACUGGAGAAAGACAGGGCGAAGACUGGAGAAAGACAGGACGAAGACAGGAGAAAGACAGGACGAAGACUGGAGAAAGACAGGGCGAAGACAGGACGAAGAUGGGACGAAGGCAGGGCGAAGACUGGAGAAAGACAGGACGAAGACUGGAGAAAGACUGGACGAAGACUGGAGAAAGACAGGGCGAAGACUGGAGAAAGACAGGACGAAGACUGGAGAAAGACUGGACGAAGACAGGAGAAAGACAGGACGAAGACUGGAGAAAGACUGGACGAAGACUGGAGAAAGACAGGGCGAAGACUGGAGAAAGACAGGACGAAGACUGGAGAAAGACUGGACGAAGACUGGAGAAAGACAGGACGAAGACUGGAGAAAGACUGGACGAAGACUGGAGAAAGACAGGGCGAAGACUGGAGAAAGACGGCGAAGACUAGAGAAAAACAGGACGAAGACUGGAGAAAGACAGGACGAAGACUGGAGAAAGACAGGGCGAAGACUAGAGAAAAACAGGACGAAGACUGGAGAAAGACAGGACGAAGACUGGAGAAAGACAGGGCGAAGACUGGAGAAAGAAGGACGAAGACUGGAGAAGAAGGACGAAGACUAGAGAAAAACAGGACGAAGACUGGAGAAAGACAGGACGAAGACUGGAGAAAGACAGCACGAAGACUGGAGAAAGAAGGACGAAGAUUGGAGAAAGACAGGGGGAAGACUAGAGAAAAACAGGACGAAGACUGGAGAAAGAAGGACGAAGACUGGAGAAAGAAGGACGAAGACUGGAGAAAGAAGGACGAAGACUAGAGAAAACAGGACGAAGACUGGAGAAAGACAGGACGAAGACUGGAGAAAGACAGCACGAAGACUGGAGAAAGAAGGACGAAGAUUGGAGAAAGACAGGGGAAGACUAGAGAAAAACAGGACGAAGACUGGAGAAAGACAGGACGAAGACUGGAGAAAGAAGGACGAAGACUGGAGAAAGACAGGAUGAAGGCAGGACGAAGACUGGAGAAAGACAGGAUGAAGGCAGGGCGAAGACUAGAGAAAAACAGGACGAAGACUGGAGAAAGACAGGGCGAAGACUGGAGAAAGAAGGACGAAGACUGGAGAAAGACAGGACGAAGACUGGAGAAAGACAGGGCGAAGACUAGAGAAAAACAGGACGAAGACUGGAGAAAGACAGGACGAAGACUGGAGAAAGAAGGACGAAGACUGGAGAAAGAAGGACGAAGACUGGAGAAA